UGGACAAUCAUUUUUCCAAUCCACCACAUCCAGUUGUUUGCCAAAUUUGUUUUUCACCAGGUCAUUCUGCCCUUACAUGUCCUCGGUUCACUGGGUCCUCUACGCCUGCUCUAGCUGCUAUUCCCUCGGGUGAGACAAAUGCCUCUGUGUGGUAUCCUGACUCAGGUGCCUCUGCUCACAUGACCCCACACGAAGGACAAUCAGACGGGGGUGCAUCUUCUUCAGGCUUCCAAUAAAGACCAUCUUUACCCUUUUCAUGCUCUUCAGACUACUCUACUUCCUGGACCAACAUGGCACAAACGUUUGGGGCAUUGUGGUGAUAGAGUUUUAACUACACUUCGGCAAAAACAUUUUAUUUCUGCUUCUAGUAAUUUUCAUCAUGAUUGUGUUUCUUGUAAGUUGGGUAAAUCCCACAGACUACCUUUUCAGGAUGUUAUUCAUUCGUGUGCUGCUCCUUUGGAGCUUAUUCAUUCAGAUGUUUGGCAGUCGCCUGUUUUAUCCAAUCUUGGGUUUAAAUAUUAUGUCUCUUUUAUUGACGAUUUUUCACGUUAUACUUGGAUAUAUCCUAUGCGCCGCAAAUCAGAAGUUUUUCACCAUUUUUGUAAUUUUCAAACUCUUGUUGAAAAUCUCUUGAGUAGAAAAAUUAAAUUUUUUCAAAGUGAUGGUGGUGGUGAAUUUGACAAUAUUAUGUUUCACAAUCAUUUUUUAAAAACAGGUAUUUUAUUCAGAAAAUCAUGUCCUGAUACUCCCGCUCAGAACGGCGUAGCAGAACGAAAACAUCGUCAUUUACUUGAAUUAACUAGGACAAUGUUAAUUGAAUCUUCGCUUCCUCCUAGUUUUUGGGUUGAUGCUCUUUACACAGCUACUUAUAUUGUCAAUCGCCUUCCUACACCACUUUUGAAAAAUUUAACUCCCUUUGAGAUGAUUUUUAAUAAAGUUCCUGAUUUUAAUUUUUUACGUGUUUUCGGGUGUGCUUGUUUUCCAAAUUUCAUUGCCAAGUCUUCAAAUAAGCUCUCACCGCGCUCCAUUUGUUGUGUGUUUAUUGGGUAUGCUCCGGGCUAUAAAGGGUAUCGUUGCUUAGAUCCUUUAACUGGUAGAGUUUAUAUUAGCCGAGAUGUCCAGUUCCAUGAACACAAUUUCCCAUAUCCUCACCUGGUCCGUUGUCCACCUACCAUGUCUCCUCUAUCAACCUCCUGGCCAAUCACAUGUAUACGGUCCCCUCAAUUAUCCUCACCACCGGUUCCCACCAUUUCUCCAGCUAAUCCCACAGCUCCUACCUCAGACAAUCCAUCACAACCAUGCAUCAUGUCACCCGUAUUACCCACUACGUAUGCUCCCUCUUUCCAUAAUAAUACUACACCACAAACCCCACACAAUACUCCACCCGCAUCCCAUAAUAAUACUCCACCACAAACCCCACACAAUACUCCACCAGCAUCCCCCACCUCGCCUGGCAGUUCAUCAAAUGGCAGUUUGUCCUCGGUGGACAGUCCGCCUUACAACAGUUCAUCCAUCAGCCCGUCACCUAGCCCGGUUGCUAAUAUUCACCCCAUGCAGACCCGCUCUAAAGAUGGGAUUUUUAAACCUAAGACCAUUUUUAAUUUAAGUGUUCUUGCACCACCGGAUGAUCCGACAUGUUAUUCUCAGGCACAAAAAUUUUCUGUAUGGCGGGAUGCCAUGGCUGAUGAAUUUAAUGCGUUACUAGCAAAUCAGACUUGGGAAUUAGUACCUUAUGACUGCACUAAAAAUGUAGUUGGUUGUAAGUGGGUUUACAAGACUAAAUAUAAUUCUGAUGGUUCUGUUGAGCGCCACAAAGCGCGUUUGGUUGCUCAAGGGUUCAAGCAACAGGCAGGUAUAGAUUUCACUGAAACCUUUAGUCCCGUUGUUAAACCUACCACUGUUCGUCUUGUUCUGUCCAUCGCUGUUUCUCUUGGUUGGUGUAUUCGCCAGCUUGAUGUCAAAAAUGCAUUUCUUCAUGGACAUUUCACAGAGGAAGUGUAUAUGCGUCAACCUCAAGGUUUUAUCCAUCCUUCUUUCCCUAAUCAUGUUUGUCGCCUCAAAAAGGCGUUAUAUGGGCUCAAACAGGCUCCUCGUGCCUGGUUCCAUCGAUUCAGUGGGUUUCUUCUCACACAUGGUUUUUCUCAGAGUAAAUCUGAUUCAUCCAUGUUUGUGUUUCGUCGUGGUUCUGAGGUAGUAUACGUUCUUUUGUAUGUGGACGAUAUUUUAAUUACUGGUUCUUCUAUAUCAUUUGUUCGUCACAUUAUUCAGUCCUUAUCCACACAGUUUGCCAUGAAAGAUUUAGGCGAUAUACAUUUUUUCUUGGGUCUUCAGACUCGUCGUACACCUAAGGGAUUAUUUAUUUCUCAGCAAAAAUAUAUCUCCGACUUGUUACGACGAUUUCAUCUUCACACAGUGAAACCCGUUCGUACUCCUUUACCGUCACGAACCACCCUUUCUCUGACUGAUGGUGAACUUCUCACCGAUGCUACUGAGUAUCGUAGUAUGGUAGGUGCAUUACAGUAUUUGAUUUUGACUAGACCUGAUAUUACUUAUGCUGUGCAUUUGGUCUCUCAGUUCAUGCAUGCUCCUCGUACUACUCACCUUUUGGCUGUGAAGCGUAUUUACAGAUAUUUGCAGGGCUCAGUAGAUCAUGGCCUAUGGCUUCAGUCCAAUCCCGAUAUCUCUCUCAUUGUUGCCUAUUCUGAUGCGGAUUGGGCUGGUUGUCCGGAUAGUAGCCGCUCUACCACAGGUUAUGCCGUCUUUUUGGGUAGUAAUUUAAUUUCUUGGAGGUCCAAGAAACAACCUACCGUGUCAAAGUCAUCCACUGAAGCUGAAUACCGUGCUAUAGCGUAUACGGUUCAGGAUACUCUCUUCAUUCGAUCCUUGUUGACAGAUAUGGGCAUUACCAUUUCGGCCCCUGUGCAACUCCGGUGUGAUAAUGUCUCGGCUUCUUAUCUUGCCAUUAACCCUAUACAACAUGAUCGUAGUAAGCAUAUCAAGAUUGACUACCAUUUUGUCAGAGAACGUGUUGCUCAUGGAGAUCUUGUGGUCAAAUAUGUUCCUACACAAUUGCAGUUGGCAGAUAUUUUUACAAAAAGCUUAUCUAGUCAGCGGUUUGAAUUUUUACGUGCCAAUCUGCGCGUUGUUUCCCCUGCACAGAUUGAGGGGGUGUAAUAAUAUAUAAUAGAUGACAUAUUUGUAAUUUCCCCUUUCUAUUGCUUAUUAUAAAUAUACACAUGUGGACACCCUAUGAGGUGAGGCCAUUAUUUGUGAAUUAUAUUUCCA